AUGGCAACCCGCUCCCGGCCACCCUCUCGAGCCCGCUCCCCUAUUGAUCAGGGAGAGCUGGGACCCUUCCUUCCGCCAGCCUCCCCUGAGCUUGGCGAAGUAUCUCUCGAGCGGGUCAUCCGCCUUCUCUGGGGACUCCAAUCCCAGGUUGACCGCAUCGAGCGGACCCUCUCGGAACAAGCCGAAGUUAGCCAAGAGGUUUGGACCAAUGUCGAGAACAUCUCACAAGCGGUCGAUACUGUCAAGGAUGGGCUUGCCCAACUCCAGCAAUCCCGGGGCCCCCACACCCCAGAAGAACAAAAACCCCCCGCGGUCGAGGAAACUCCCAGGGCCGCGCCCAAAGUCGAGCCUUUUGGCAAGACUCAACCAUCCCUCGGGGCCCCAGCCCCCAUCUUCUCCACAGGGGCCCCUAGGCGCGACCCCCUCACCCUUUUCAACCCCUACCCCUCCUCUUCCUUCCCUUCUGGACCGGCUCCAGCCCCCCAGGGACCUCCACCAGCGCCUGUCAUUACCCCGGCGCAGCCUCCAGCCCCCUCCACCGUAAAGGUGGACCAUCCAGAUGCCUUCAAAGGCAAAAUAGGCUCGGAGGCCAAGCAAUGGCUAACCCGCAUGUUGGCCUGGGUUUGCCUCAACCAGAGGCAGUUCCCCUCGGACUUGGAGGUCCUCAGCUUCCUCCUCAUGAAUAUGGAGGAAGCAGCUGGGGCCUGGGCCCAUCCUCACUUGGACCAACUAGGGUCCCAUCGCGCACUCAUCCAGACCGUGGAUGAGUUCAAAAUUGAAUUCCUGGCCGCCUUUGGCGACCCUGAUGCAACCCGUGCAGCGGAGCGGAAGAUUACUUCCCUCACCCAGACCGGCACUUGUGCCGAAUAUAUUACUAAGUUCCGCACGCUGCAAAUGGAACUCAAUUGGAACGACGCCGCACUCCGCGGCCAAUUUGCGCAAGGGCUCCACUGGGAGGUCCGAAAACAAAUCGCCACAAGGGAAAGGCAACCCCGAACCCUGAGGGAGCUACAAGAUGCUGCCCUCAUCAUUGACAAUGCCCUCCGCAAGGAGCGAGCCAGCCACCCGCAACAGGGGAAUAAGUCUGGUAAAAACUCCUCCACCUCCAACCGGGGGGCGAGUACCGGCCAACAGGCCACCAAAACCGGUCCCCUCUCCUCCGAUCCCAAUUACGUCUCGGAGGACAAACGUAACCGCCGCCGCGCAGAAGGUCUCUGUGUCAAAUGCGGCAAGCCAGGGCACAAGUUUGCCAAGUGUUGGACCGGAUGGAAGGCUACCCCAAAGGAGGAUAAGGGGAAGGCCAAGGAAGCCGCCAAAAUUGGCAAAGACUCUGAGUACCAAUCGGGAAAAGAUACCAAUAGAAUCACACCACUCUUCACUAUUCCAAUAAAACCAGAGAAACAAGCGGAAACACUAGAAGUCCUGAUUGAUUCAGGCGCCACAUCAUCCUUCCUUCACCCCCGUACCGCGGAACUACUCCGCCUUCCACUCAUUGAUCUCCCUACUCCCCGUACCGUUACUAUGCUUGAUGGGUCGAGCCCCCAGGCAGGAAAAAUCUGGAAGAAGGCAGUACUUACCUUCAGCUAUGAUGGCAAGAAGAUGACGGAAACCUUCCUUAUCUGUAACACCGGCAAUCACGCGGCCAUCUUAGGUUUGAAAUGGUUAGACGCCCACAAUCCGGAAAUAGAUUGGAAUACGCGCACCCUAUCCUUCCCACACACCCCGCCAGAACACGUGGCCAUUGCCGAAGAAGAGGAAGCUGAUCAAAACCCUCUUGAAGGAGUACCCUCCGAAUAUCACCAAUACGCCAAGGUGUUUGGAGAAGAAGAAUUCAAUAAGCUUCCUCCUCACAGACAUUACAAUAUUGGCAUAGAACUCACAGAGGAAGGUCCCUUGAACUCGCCCCUAUACAGCAUGACAGAUGCCAAAUCCGCCACACUCAAGGAUUGGCUAAGGGAUGAACUCAAAGCUGGGAAAAUCCGCCCAAGCAAGUCUUCCAUCAGCUCCCCCGUAAUGUUUGUGCCCAAAAAGGAUGGCUCCCGCCGCUUGGUUGUCGACUACCGCCGCCUCAACAACAGGACCAAGAAAAAUGUAUACCCAUUACCCCGUCCAGAUGAUCUCAUGGCCCAACUUUGCGGCGCCAAGAUCUUCACUAAGCUGGACCUAAGAUGGGGAUAUAACAAUGUCCGAGUUAAGGAAGGCGAUGAAUGGAAGACCGCGUUCCGCACCAAAUAUGGUUUAUACGAGUCCCUAGUCAUGACCUUUGGUCUUACCAACGCUCCCGCCGCCUUCCAACACUUUAUGAACAAACUGUUCAAAGACCUAUUGGAUGUAUGCGUCAUCAUCUACCUCGAUGACAUCCUGAUCUACUCUAAGGAUGAUGUAUCCCAUACGCAACACGUUCAUGAGGUCCUAAAGCGGCUAAUGGAGAACCAACUGUUUUGCAAAGCGUCUAAAUGUACCUUCCACGUCACCUCGGUGGAAUACUUGGGUAUCAUUGUCUCCAAUAAAGGGUUCAGCCUGGAUAAGCUCAAGAUUCAGGCGGUACAGGAAUGGCCGAUACCCACUAAGGUUAAAGAGGUCCAAUCGUUUCUGGGGUUCGCCAACUUCCUACGUCGUUUUGUCGCCAACUUUAGCCAUAUGGCUAGGCCCUUGCACAACUUGGUCAAGAAGGACGCAAUCUGGAAAUGGGAUACUAAAGAACAAGAUGCCUUCCAAGGACUAAAGGACGCCAUCACCAACGCUCCGGUUCUUUGUCAUGCGGACCCAUCCAAGCCAUACUUCCUAGAGACAGACGCCUCCGGUGCAGCCCUGGGUUCUAUACUUAGCCAACGCCAGGAAGAUGGCCGUCUGCACCCAUUAGGAUUCUUAUCGGAGUUGUUCAAAGGAGCCAAGCAAAACUAUGACACGCACGAUAAGGAGCUUCUAGCUAUUAUACGCUCCUUUGAGUACUGGCGCAUAUUCCUGGAAGGAACACCACACCCGAUCACCGUGUUCACAGACCACCGUAACUUAGAAUACUGGAAGGAGUCCCGGACAUUUAAUCGACGCCAUGCACGAUGGCACCUACUCCUUGCCGGAUAUAACUUCCAGAUAGUCUAUCGUCCAGGGAAACAGUCGGGAAAACCAGAUGCCCUCUCACGCCGCUCGGAUCAUGCUGAUGUCCCUCCUGCCAAUCAAACAAUGCUCCCAGGUCCUGUAUUUGCCAAUGUAGCCGUCAUCACACCGGAAAAGGAACUCCAAUGCCAAAUUGAGGCUGCCCUAGACCAAGACGAGUCCCUGGAAGAAAUCCUAAACUUCCUCCAAAAUGAAUCAAAGGCACUGCCAUCCAUCAAACGGGUGUUUAAGGACUAUCAAAUGGAAGCAGGAUUGCUCUUCUACCAAGGGCGAAUUGUGGUUCCCGAUGUCGGAACCUUAUGGACGGAUCUCUUACAAAUCUUCCAUGACAGCGCACUGGCAGGGCAUCCAGGAAGACAACAAACCUUGGAGCUGAUUUCUUGCAAUUAUUAUUGGCCAGGCAUACGCGCUGAUACGUACUGGCACGUAGAUUCCUGUGAAACCUGCCAACGCAUCAGGAAACCCAAGUACGCGUCUAUCCCUCCUCAACCCCUAGAGUUACCUACACGGCCGUGGCAACAUGUGUCUUAUGACAUGAUAGUAGACCUGCCCAGGGAUGGAACUUGCAACUCAAUCUUGGUCAUUGUUGACAGCUUCACCAAGUACGGGAUCUUUGUCAAAUGUUCCAAAAAACUCAAGGCACCGGAACUGGCGGAACUAUUCCUGGAACAUGUGUGGAAACGGCACGGGAUGCCUGAAAAAACGGUCUCGGAUAGGGGAAGGGUUUUCAACAACAAAUUCCUGAGAGCGCUAUACAAACGCCUAGGGAUAGACCCUCACUUCUCUUCAGCUUAUCAUCCUCAGAGCGACGGCCAGACGGAAAGGGUAAACCCCUCCAUUGAACACUUCCUCAGGGCUUACUCAGGGAUCAACCAACGGGACUGGACCAAAUGGCUCCCAAUGGCGGAAUUUGCGUACAACAAUGCCGUACAUAGCAGCACGGGGAAGACCCCUUUUAAAGCCUUGUACGGGUGGGAACCCACCUUAACCCCGUCAAACGUACCAACCGACGUCCCAGAAGCAGAUGACCUUGCCCAGACAAUGGAGGCACAAUGGAAGGAGGUGGAAUCGGCACUCCGGCAAUCCAAGCAACGCAUGACGGCCGGAGAAGAUGGGAGCCCAAUAGAGUUUGAGAUCGGAGAAGAAGCCUGGCUGGACGCCAAAAACAUCAAGCUCAAGACCUUGAGUCCCAAACUUACGGAGCAACGCCUGGGACCAUUUAAGGUUAUUGAGAAGAUCUCCGACCGGGCCUACCGCCUGGAAGUCAAAAGAGACAAGAAGCGCGCCUUUGAGAAUUGCCCCCCACCAGUCACAGUGGACGGGGAAGAAGAAUACAAAGUGGAAGGGAUUACCGAUGCAGAAGAACGCAACGGGAAAUGGUUUUUCCGAGUAAAAUGGAAGGGUUACGGCUUGGAAGAGAACACAUGGGAACCCCGGGAGAACCUGAAAAACGCAGAAAAAAUUUUGAAAAAAUACGAGGAGGACAUGAAGAAAAAGGCCCUCGGCGCUGCCAAGGCCCUUAGAGGGGGGGCAGUGUCGUAG